AUGGUCCUGAAGGAGAUACCGAGUAAGGCGUCUUCGGAAGGGAAGCCCCUCCUCACGGUGACUACCAAGCUGGUGAGCGAGCAACAAGAGAGCCGUCCGCUACUUAGCCCCUCCAUUGACGACUUCCUCUGCGAGACCAAGUGUGAUGGGGUGUCCCGCCCGGUAACCUCCAACACAGCCGUUCUGUCUUCAGCCUUGGACCUGUUGGACCUCAGCGAACCUGGUGAGAGAAGGAACAGCAAGGACAAGAGAAGCCCCCUGUCGUCCCGCGGCGAGGGCCCGAAGAACAACCCUCACCGCUCAAAGACGGAAGAGACGGAGCUGAUCCAGGUGGAAGUUGAACCGACAGGCCCCAGCCUACGCACGCCCGAGCGGGUAUCGCUCGACUCAGUCAACAUCGGCUCUCCCCUGGAUAAAUGGGAGGAGCUCAACCCGAACCCUGACAGAAAUGGGAGCAGAAAGUGGAAGACGGAGAGACGGCGCUCCUCCAAAAAUUCCUCCAAUGAAUUUCUUUGGUCGAUAGACUGCAAAACCCAAUCCGAACCAUCAAACAAGAACACCCCGGAAGCAAAUACCAAAGCCGAGUCAGAGUUUACCCUCGCAUCUCAACUCAACAGGCAGUAUAUUAGUGGAAGACAUGGCCGUCUAACUAAGGAGCAGAGGUGGGGGAGUGCCCUGCUGUCCAGGAAUCACUCUCUGGAGGAAGAGUUUGAGCGUGCCAAGGCCGCUGUUGAGUCGGACACAGAGUUCUGGGAUAAGAUGCAAGCCGAGUGGGAAGAGCUUGCCCGACGGAACUGGCUGACGGAAAACGAGCAGGCCCAGAUUCCCUCUUCCGUCUCGCCACACGAGAAGGGCUACUACUUCCACACGGAUAACCCCUACAAGGACUGGCCCAACGCCUUUGAAGAGGGCCUGAAGAAAUCUCGGGAGGGAGAUCUGCCCAAUGCCGUGUUGUUGCUGGAGGCGGCCAUCUUGCAAGACCCUCAUGAUUCAGAGGCUUGGCAGGUGUUGGGGACCACCCAGGCUGAGAAUGAGAACGAACAAGCAGCUAUUGUGUCCCUCCAGAGGUGCCUGGAGCUCCACCCCAACAACCUCACGGCUCUGAUGGGCCUGGCCGUCAGCCUGACCAAUACGGGCAUGCGGCAGGACGCCUGUGAGGCCCUGCUGCGCUGGCUACGCCACAACCCCAAAUACAAGCACCUGCUGAAGGGCAAGAACCACCUGACGGGCUCCCCCAACUCCCAGCGGAGGAUGUCCCGCGUCUCCAACGUGGGACGCUCCUUGUUACCGGAGGUCAGGGAGGUCUUCCUAGAGGCAGUGCAGCAGAACUCGGACAGCAUCGAUCCAGACCUGCAGACGGGCCUGGGCGUUCUCUACAACCUGAGCGCCGAGUUCAACAAAGCGGUGGAGGCCUUCAAUGCUGCCCUGUCCGUGCGGCCUGAGGACUACUUGUUGUGGAACCGCCUGGGGGCCACGCUGGCAAACGGGGACCGGAGCGAGGAGGCGGUGGAGGCCUAUACCAGAGCCCUGGAGCUCCAGCCGGGUUUCAUCAGGUCACGAUACAACCUGGGCAUCAGCUGCAUCAACCUGGGGGCACACAGGGAGGCAGCCAGUAACUUUCUGACAGCUCUGAGUCUGCAGAGGAAGAGCAGGAGCCGCCAACUGUCCCACCAGGUGAUGUCCGGAAACAUCUGGGCCGCUCUGAGAAUAGCUCUGUCCAUGAUGGACCAGCCAGAUCUCUUCCAGGCUGCAAACAUCGGUGACCUCGACCUUCUCAUGCGGGCCUUCAACCUGGACAUUUGA